AUGCAACAUCAACAAAUGAAUGAAAGCUUACUUUAUCAUGCUAGUAAAAUUGAAGGUUGGAAAGAAUUACUUAAUCAUAAGGAAACAAAUAAUUAUGAAGAAAUUGAAUCCAAUAACAAUGAGCAAGAAGAUACAAGAGAAAAGGUUAAUAACAUGGAAUUUGCUGAAGAUAACUAUGAAUCAAAGAUAUCAAAUUUGGAUUCUUUGGUUGCAUAUAUCGAUCAAGACAGCAUCCAUGAAAUUUGGAAUGUUACAACUAUUGAACAGAACAAGGAGCAUUUUGUAAUUGCAUAUGGAAAUGCUAACCAUUUAUGCACAUGCAUGCUUCUCAUAACAAAAGGACUGGUUUGUCGACAUUUUUUCUCAGUAUUGCUCAAAUCAAAUAAAGCCAUGUUUCAUAUUGGUCUCAUCCCAUCCAGGUGGUAUAAUGAUAUAACAUUAGAUACUCAACAAGAGGUUGCAAUUACAGUUGGUAAGAAUAAUUAUAAUGAUGAAUUUGCAUGUAAACACAAAAUUAACACAAGCUUUGAUGGAUUAAAUAAAAUUCGUUACACACAAGAAUUCUCAGAAACUGUCAAAAAAAACUUGUCUCAUAAAGUAAAAUAUAAUCAAGGCUUUGGGUAUGCAAAGAAAGCAAUUAAUCUUGCUCUUGAAAUAGGUUGUGAAGAUGA